AAAAAUACCACGUGUUUACUUAAUCCGGCAUAAGAUUUCCAAAUAACUCGAGAAGUUAACAAUAGGCGAAAACCAUAAAGCUAUCUCACUUGAAAGGGUACAUUUCCUUUCUUUCUCUCUCUCUUUUUUUUUUUUUUUGGAAUUUAGGGAACAUUUAUUUCUAUAAAAAAAAUUGGGAACAUAUAUGCGAUCUCUUGGUAUAGCGACGCGUGUUAUCCAGCUUUACGGUUUUUAAGACACGUAGUCAUAGAAACUUUUAUUCAGCCAACCAGAAGCAGUUCUACUGGGACCCACUUAGCCAAUCAACCCUCGUCAUUGUUUCAGGUGUAGAGCUAUGAGAUCUUGACACGUGUAUCCCCGGAUCUUGGCCACGAUUGCUGCCGCUAUGAUUUUCGCUUCAUUAUUCUCCGGUAAACCCUCCUUAGGAGAACAAAAUAACAGAAACAGAAAAAAAAAAUCUGAACGAUAAAAUAAAAAAAAAAAACCCAAAGGAAAUUUCAAGAUAAAACAGGGAGAGAGGAAUUGUUGUGUUUAUUUUUUCUUGGAAAAAGGAGAAAUGGAGGAUGGGAAUCAUUGGAGCAUGGUAAAAUGCUCCGGGGGUGUAUACGAUAAGACGAUAAUCAAUCGGAUAAUGCUCAAAUUCAGGCCGAUUGCUCCAAAACCGGUGAACGGAGAUUCGGAUUCCAGUGAGUCUAUCCUUAAUAGCAAGAACUUGGAUGUUACUAGCAAGAGAAAGAAGAGAAAGUACGUUAGGGUUUGCGAGAAAAAUAAUACUAGGAAGAAACGAAUCUUGGAUAGAGCUAGAGAAGAUAACGAUGGAAACAAGGGUUUCGUUACUCUACAGUUGAUGCCGGAGAAAGCUGAUCUAAAUAAAUCAAUCGUUGUUGAAAGAUCAUGGGAUGUUGUUGAUGAUGAUGAUCUGGAUCGAGCUUUAGGUCGUGACAAUUAUCGUUUUCAAGAUCCACCAUCGCUGUGCUUGAAGUUGAAAACAAUGGUCGCGUCAGAUCACGUGGCGGUGAUGGGGUUACCCAACCCGGGGAGUAUGACGGUGGUGGAGUCGUGGGUGAUGGUGGAGAGCGUGACGGAAACUUGCAUUGAAGAUGGGGAGAUGGAGAAGUGUACGGACGUGGAGAAAAUGAAGAAUCUCGAGAAGGACACGUGUCCCGGGUUUGUAUCAGAUGGGCUGAACCGGGUUUUCUGGGUGAACCAAGCGUAUAGAAAUAUGGUAGGCUUGGACCAGGAUGGGGAGCAAGAACGGGCCGCAACCGCCGUGGGGUUGGUGUUGAAAGACGGGCUCACCUUUCCCUGCGGUGCAUUUUCGUGCCGCGUACGGUUGCGUUACGUGGAUGGGAAGGGUAAGAAUUACUCGAAAACGGUUCCCUGCGACAUUUGGAAGCUGAGCUCCGGCGGAUUUGCAUGGCGGCUGGACGUCAACGCUGCUCUCAGCUUGGGACUCUAGAAAUAAUGAAGAUAUCUUUGUAUUCUGAAGGUAAAUUUAAGUUUCUUUGUUUUCCCCAUAACCAGUGGAAGAAAGUGUAGAACAAUGGUUACAUAUUUGCAAUAGGGGUUAAUAUGUUGAUACAUAUAUGUAUAUAUAUAUAUAUAGUUUUGAUUUGAUCUUAGAUUUCUAAUUUUUAAUAA